AUGGAAAGAAAACCGAAGCUCUUGGACUCUAGGGCGUGCUUUGAGGCCUUGGUGCAAUGCCAUAUGCGCUACAGCCGUCUCAAUGCUACACCAGUAGAAAUACCCCAGGAAACCGAGGUCCAAGGGGCAAUGGCAGAAACCACUGGCGAUCUCUCCGAGCUUAUUAUUGCCAUGAAAUUCUCUCUUGAGGCAGCUAGGACUCUCUCCCUUGAGGAGUUCAGUCAGUUGCUUGUGUUCUUAGGAGACCCUCGAGCCGGCUCAAAAUAUCCCCAGGGACUAUUGCAAGCCAAGCUUACACAGAGGCUCCAGGAAUUCUACUUGAUAGAACAACAAAUGUCUGGUCUGCCUUCUAAUGAGCUCUCUAUCCCGGGGGGCCCUGUCGAUGCGGAUUUGGGAAUUGCCCUGCAUUUGGCGACGGGACGAGAUAUAUCUAGAGAUUUUUGGGACCCAAGAAGCGCCUCUAUUAGUCUACUUCAAGAGAAAGGCAUGAGUGAUCGGUUUACAUUUGGGUAUGACUGGCACUGGAGGGCAGAGGAAGCAUAUCUUGACAGAAGCGAUUGCCCUGUGCGAAAGUGGCCGAGGCAUCUUAGGGAACUUCACGAUCAGAUGUCGGCUGAUAUCCUUGGGAUGCUAUCGCUCCCAUUCUUGAUUACAGGCUCGGCAUGCACGAGGACGAACCUAAGCAAAACCCUUAAAGAAACAAACAAACGCCUAGAGAUCCCAAUAUCACUACAUACUACACUGAAAUUCGACCUCGAUUUCCGAAACAACUCCUUACGCCGGAUGAUUGCUCAUGUCUACCACCCAUCCUCUGGGUUCACUGCCAAGAUAUCAAUGAGGGAAAGCAUGGCUUCCCAAAUUGAUGCAGGCCUCAACUUCUUUCUCUGGCUAACAGGAAGAAGCUAUGAUGCAAAUUCUUUUCGUCGCACGUACUCCCAGGCUGGCCCUUGCAGGAAAAAGUCCGCACCACUCGCGGAGAUGUACUCAUACAUAAGAAAAGAACGUGAAGAGCAAAGAAAUCUAAAGCUGUCAGAAUACAGCCCUUCAUUUCUCGGUUGGGUAGGCAGGUAUCUAUUUCAGGACCCGGUUACUAUCCUUUUGUGCGGAAACUCUGUCGCCGUUGCAGCGCUUUGGAAAAUUCGAACGAAAAUGAGUAUCUCUCGUCAGAGGCAUAUCUUAAGAGCAAGAACACAAAAAGAGCUUGAACGAGAACAAGAGAGUGGAAAUAUUUCAGAAGGCUUUCGCUCCAAUCAAGGACAAUGUUUGUUUCAUGGAAAAGCCGUCGUCGUGCUCAAGAGUGGUUACGUCAAACUUGCUGCACCAGCGCACGAUUUUAGAUUACAUUUCCGCAUGGCCGCUAGAGAAGCGAGGAGGAUUCUAGCUUUGCAGAAGGAGACAAAAAUUUACUUUUUUCCCUAUGAGGUUGUCCUACGUGUGGACAAUAGCACAGUGUACCGAAAGCCAAUCGAACGAUUGUUGGCGUCUGUGCACGGUGAGGAAUGGCUUGUCCAGAUUGUCAGCGAAUUAAAAGUCAUUCAAGGAGGGUUGGCUAAAGAAACAGGCUCUGGGCAGGUCAUUCCAGAGGCUAGGCUUGCUGUGAUCCCCCACGAUAAUCGUCUUGGUAACAGUUGGAGGAAUGGUGAACUACAGAGAAAACUAUCCAUCGGCAGUAUUUUCCCAUGCACGGAGAUAAGUAACUCGGCAAAGGUGGGACGGGUCUAUUUUAAAGGACUGCAACUGUAUGUUCCUCAAAAAGCCGACUUCAACACCGUCUUUGUCCAGUGUGAUCUAGUACCCGAAGGGUUUCGGCACCCCAACGCUUGUCCUGCUGAAUCCGAUACGAAUGACCCAGCGAAUCGCCUUGGUAUCAGGGUAUGUUAUAAGGUCAGGGGUUCAAGUGAGCGGAGUGAAUUCUGGGCAACCAUGGAUGGAGAGUGCAACACCAAGAUAUUGAACUCACUGGUUGAUUUUUUAGAUGGUAGGAGUGAGGAAUGGACCGAGAAGCAACCUCGUCGGUUUUUGCCAAGGAACAUCCUCAAGGGAAGAAGGAAGAUAUCCUAUACAAGCUAGGAUCGCUGUCUUGCCAUGCUUUUGCUUCUUGUCCUAAUUUGCACCCUUCACUCGGACGGAGGGCUUUCGGGUCAACAUAAAGUUCUCCAAGUGACUGUAAGCAUAUGAC